UCAGCAAGAUGAUUUUGUCGUCAGAAGUCGCGAGUCGGAUCUUCUCAGUGAUCUGGGUGAUAUCGGCUAAUCUUGCCCACCAUUCGAUUAGUGGGCUGCGCAUUCUACAGAUGUCUGACUUGCACAUUGACACCGCCUACUCUCAAAACGGGUCCAUCGCCCAGCGUUGCCACGCGGGCACGGUGGAGCCGGUGGGGUCGACCACGAGCGUCGCCGGUGUCCCUCCGACUCAAGCUUCAGCUCGAUUAGGUCCAAUGGGAGACUAUGCGUGUGAUCCCCCGUACGCCUUAUUCCGUUCGGCCCUUCGCGCCAUCUUGCAAUUGGAACCGAAGCCCGAUGUGAUCAUUUGGACGGGCGAUUCCAACCCCCAUUGGGUAGAUGGUCCGAACUUUGACUACAUAUACCCCAAUUUGAGAAAUAUCUCCCAAGAACUGCUUGAAGCUUUUCCCAACACCACGAUUGUGCCCGCUCUGGGCAACCAUGACACAUACAAGCCGGAUGAUUAUCCGGAUUUUAAACGAAAUAACACUUAUGGCUUUUAUAGCAACUACAUUGAGCAAGGCUCUUGGGGUGACUUUAUACCGUCAUCUAGCAGGGAAACCUUCAAGCUCUGUGGUUAUUACACUCGUCCACUGAUUGUCUCCUCCUUGGCCAACGCAUCCCUUUUGGCCAUCGUAUUAAAUACCAACAUCUAUUACUAUAACAGGCUGCCUCUCGAUGAAGAAGAUCCUUGCGGUCAACUUGGAUGGUUAGAAAACCAAUUAACCGGAUUAGGAAAAGAACAAAAAGUCAUCAUACUUGGUCAUGUACCGCCUGGAUUUUUUGAACUUGACCUUCAUCAUGAUCAUCCAAUGUUUAGCGUCAGAAAUGGUCAAAACCUCACUCGGCGUUUUCAAGAAAUCGUUUCUAGGCCAGUCUUGGCUGAAAAGAUUGUAGCUCAUUUCUUCGGACAUACCCAUACGGAUUCUUUCAGAUUGAUUUUCCCUUUAGCCAAAGGUGCAAAAAUCAGCGAUAAAACCUCGCCUCACGGCCUGAUCUUUAUUUGCCCUUCGAUCACCCCAAGCUUGUAUUUAGAUAAUCAUUCUCACGGAGUGAACCCAAGUUUCCGGUUUUAUUCAUACAAUCAAUCCACCGCUGUGAUCGACAACUAUUUGCAUUAUUACUUGCCCUUGGAUCAAGUGCCUCUUUCGAGCGAUGUCGCAUUCACCCCUUGGAAAUUGGCUUAUAACGCCCAGGAGGCCUUUGGCACUUCCAGCCUUUCUACUGAUCAAAUGUUCAUAGCUUACAAUACUAUGAAAUCUUAUCCGGAAAGUGAUAUUUUUCGGGAUUACGUAAACCAUAACACUGUGCUACAUAGCUCUUCAGCCAACAAGACUUGUGUCGAUCAAUGUCACGUCAAUAUGGUCUGCACCAUCACGAACUUGCUUGCGGAGGACUUGAAAAUAUGCUUGGGAAUGAAUGCGACAAAAAACAACAAGCAAGAAACAUCAGAAGAAUCUACGACAAUAACAUCAGAGUCUCCGAAGACAUCUUCUGAUAUUACAAUAGGGUCCAAGGAGGAUCAUUUUACAGGAGAAGAAAGCAAUCACUUUCUACGAGGCAUUCUCGUUGGAUUUUCGAUUAUUUGCAUUAUCGGGAUCGCAAUUGCGGGGUUAAUUAUGUAUCGUCACCUCCGUCGAAAUCGUUACCGCUCCGAAGAGUUCUUGUUAACGGAUGGUGUUUUUAAGUGCAAUGGAUAUUCGGAGAUAGAGGAAUGGUCCUAGACCCAUCAAGAAUACAUGAGCCAUUUUGAAUUGCAAGGCAAGCUCACCUCUGACGUUUUCGCGGAGUUUCGGGCAGUUACAUUGAUCACAAUUCUGUCAGAUUCUUUUGUCUCUAAUUUAGAAAAUAAAUGAAGAGACUUGAAAAGGGAAA